UCUCGCUAAAGGACUACUUGAUACGGCUUCAUCGCUACUGCCCCAUGUCCACCGCGGUCUACCUGGCCACAAGCAUGUACAUCACACGCAUGGCCAGCGUCGAGAAAGUCAUUUUGGUUACCCCCAAGAAUGUGCACCGCUUGGUACUUGCGGGAAUCGGCGUAGCGAUGAAAACUUUGGAAGAUCUCAGCUAUCCCCAUAGUCGGGUGGCCAAAGUCGGCGGAGUUUCGGAGCGUGAGCUCUCCAAGCUUGAGAUCAGCUUCUGUUUUCUCGCAGACUUUGACUUGCGAGUGGAUGCUCAUAUGCUCUUCAACCAAGCCACCAUUUUUGAUCAAAACACUGCUUCCGGCCACGACUUCGAGAGCUAAGCACUUCCGGUCUCUGCUUUUUCUCGUUGGGUUUUCUGGGCUUCGUUGGACUUUGAGGGGUGUCUCGGAUCACGAAUGCGAGAGGGCAUUCAGAUACCCCCGUCAUUAUUUCUGCCCAUUUGGUUUACGUUAAAGGAUAGGAUGUUCAAGAGGAUUGUCAACAUGACCAAAACGGACCAUCGUUCUAGCAGUGAUGUUUGAAUCGCCAUUUAUACGGAGUAUUUAUUAGUGUAGAAGGAGACAACACGGCUGCCUAAAUUAAUCAGCCCCGUUCGAGCGCGGCUGAGUAAUCCUCCACUUGGGUCCCUCUGCCUUCGUCUCCACGAUUGUUGGCGUCAGUCGUGUUUGUGCAUAAGAGUGUCGGCCUCCAAC